AAAAUAAAAAAUAAUUGAAAAAUAAUACUAACAGUAAUAAUUAUAAAUAUAUAAAUAUCCAAUUGUUAUUAUAUUAGCGAAGAGCGACUCAAAAAUCAACUAAUGGGUAUUCCAGAUAUACGGAUGUUAAUUACCGUUGAUUUUGAAGUUUUUGGUCAUGUACAAGGUUGUUACUUUACUAAGUAUACGAGAGAUAUGUGUAAAAAGGCUGGCAUCACAGGAUGGGUAAAAAAUUCCAAACAAGGCACGAUUGUUGGCAAAAUGCAAGGACCAAAAGAAGAGGUUGACAAAAUGAUUGAGUGGAUUUCAACAAAGGGUUCUCCGGGAUGUCAAAUUGAAAAAUGCGAUUUACAAAACGUGGGAACUUUAAAUCGUUUAGAUUACAAAGAUUUCGCAAUAAGAUUUUAGUUAAUUUGAGAUUUCUGGAAAUUUAGUUUAAUCUUUAAGCAUUUUGUUAUAAAUUCUUUUUGACUUUUUCUUUUCAAAUUGUCAAGAAUUUUUCUUUUU